AUGAGCGAAAAGUCGACUGCUGCAAAAGUCGCGGUCGUCAAAUCAGCCGAAAAAUCAAAGGAGACCAUAUACGAAUCGAAGGAACAUUGCUCGGGAAAGAAGGAGCAAACUCCGAGCGAGAAACCGAUGGAAUAUAUGAAAGAGAUGGCAGAGAAAGUAGAAGGAGCGCAUGAAAUAGAUACUUCGUCAAGUGUCGAGAUUACGCCUAAAACCUCUACCUCCAACAAACCAGAAAGCCUUGAUGAUAAAGACCUACUCCCACUACCCAAGAUUGUGGCUAAAUUUUGCCUCUCCGGCAAAUCUGAGGAUUCUGAAGCUAAGAAAAUAUGCCAAAUACCCAAGACUACAUCCGAAAAAUCCACCCCCAUCGAACUUGAGGCUUCUGAAGUACUAAAAGUUCCAAAAGUAUCCCAAACGCCCAAGAUUACAUCCGAAAUGUUCGCCUUCAACAAAUCUGACAUUCCUGAAGUUCCUGAAAAAAACCAAGUGACCAAGACUGUACCCGAGACCUCCACUUCCAACAAAAUUGUAGAAACACGUCAAACGCACAACGCUACGUCUAAAAUGUCGACCUCUUCUAACUCUGAGCAUAAUAAUUUUGAAAAUAACAAUUGUGAGGAUGACAAUUUUGAGAACAACAAUCCUGAGGACAACAAUCCUGAGGACAACCAUCCUGAGGACAACAAUCCUGAGAACAAUAAUAUUGAGGAUAACAAUUUACAGGCUGGCAAUGCUGAGAAUAACAAUUCUGAAGAUAAUAAUUCUGAGGAUGACUAUUCUGAAGAUGACAAUUCUGAAGAUAGGUUUUAUAAGGAACCUGGCAGUGCAGACGAGGAAAUGACGUUCGUAAUGAGCGAAAUACGUAGGGAAGUCAUUCGAAAAAAGAUUAAAAGUGAAACGCAGCUGCCUAAAUCAAUGCCGGAUUUCGAGAAAUCUUAUUUGGUCCUCGCAACGCAUCAUAUAGCGUCAACACUGCCGGUCGGACUCUUCGAGGUGUUCGCAGAAAUGAUCCAAUUUUUCACGAAGAGGCAAGUUUUGUUAUUGCACAAGUGUGAAGGAAACCGCUUAUUUGUCGGAGAAAACAUUGACAUAGUUGUACUGCCAGCGUCCGAAACCUGGAAGGAUGGUGUGCUCUUACCCGCAAGUUUUGUUUUCGAUCAUCCUCUAAAUAAGACCAAUUCGGCAAACGUGUACGUCGAUAUAGUUACCACAUCGGAUUGUACUUCACGCAUAAAUUUACAUAAUCACCAAUCACCGCAGAGUAUCACGGAUUUGCAACAAUACAAGUGGGCCAUUCCGAGUGCACAAAUUGAGUCCCACCCAUUUAGCGUCCGCGAUUUGCUCUUUGAUCAUUUACGUUUGAAAGACGUAAACCUUAAAUCUGGCAAUAUACUUGAUGUUAGAACGCAGUUGGAUGUAUUGAAAAGCGUCCUAAGUCGUCAGGCGAAAGUGGGAGUUCUGGAAUCACCGGUAAUUAGAUGCCAAAAGAACAGUGCCUACUCGAGUAGUAUAAACAAUCUUCUUAUUCUCGACUAUUUUGGAACUUUGCCGCCCUACCGCAUUAUGGUUAAAAAACCGCUAGCGGACAAACUGAACGAACAUCUCGCGACCUAUCUGCUUGAUGUAAACAAAGACGCUGAAUUUGUGAAGAGACUGUUAUCCUUUGGCGUCACAAGUUUUGCCAAGAACUCGAUGGAUAACUACAAUAACGAUGACAAGUGCGUAAUCACGCAUUUUAGUUAGGCGUUAACACGCCUUUACUCAUCAACAACAUCAAAUCCUCAAUCCGAAGGCAGGUUGGACGAGCUUUUUUUCCAGUCCUCAAUCUAUAACAAUUCUCUGGAAGUAGAACAUCGUUUUUGACUAGUUAUGAACAAUAAUCUAAUCUGUGUCCACCUUUACCUUUUCUUAUUCCUAUCUUUGUCUCCCAUAUGUCGCGAAUUUCGUGUUUCAGCAAGCAUCCUACCACCUUAUCACUUCUACUUUUUAUUGUUUUGAUAUAUAUUUCUUUUUUUUUAAAUUCUUUCUAAUAUUUCAUUUUGUUAACCCUAUCAGUUCAUGGUAUUCUCAUCAUGCGCCUAUAACACCACAUUUUGAACGUUUCGAAUCUUUUUCCAUCCGCUUCCGCCACAUUUCGUAAUCGUACAAUGCAAUGCUGUGCUCCAUACGUAUAAGUUUUUAAAAGUCUUUUUCAAUGUUUCUAGGUUUACA